AUGCAAAGUAAAGACGCCAAUCCCGCACAUUCAUCGUCUGCAUCAUUUCGCGGACCACCGCAGCCCAGCAGUCUUCUUCUGCUGCUGCAAACAAGCAGCAGCAGCAGCAGCAGCAGCAGCAGCAGCAGUAGCAGCAGCAGCAGCAGUAGCAGCAGCAGCAGUAGCAGCAGCAGCAGCAGUAGCAGCAGCAGCAGCAGCGAAGCGGGAGCAGCAGGGACAGGCGCAGCAGCAGCAGCGGCAGUAGUAGCAGCAGCAACAGCAACAGAAGCGAUAGCAGUGCCGGCAGAAUCAGCAGCAGUAGCAGCAGCAGACCACAGCAGCAGCAGCAGCAGCAGCAGCAGCAGCAGACCACAGCAGCAGCAGCAGCAGCAGCAGCAGCAGCAGCAGCAGCAGCAUUAG